CAGAUCUGGUGACAUGGUGAUUCAUACCUUCUGAUUAUGCACUUUUUUUGUUUGUUUAUACCAUUCACGAUUAAAUAUGGACCCCUGUCUUUUGUGAAGGGCGGUAAAAGAAUGGAGUGCCAAGGAGAGCCAUGGUGAUCAGUUCGUUUCUCAAACUCCUGCAAAGGCAGACGUACACCUGUCUGUCUCAUCGUUAUGGACUUUACCUCUGCUUCGGAGGUUUGGUGCUUACGAUCGUGUCAGCAUUUCAGUUUGGAGAGGUGGUGGUCGAGUGGAGUAGAGAUCAAUACCACGUGCUCUUUGACUCCUACAGGGAUAAUGUAGCAGGCAGAUCCUUUCAGACACGGCUUUGUCUCCCAAUGCCCAUCGAUGUGGUGUACACUUGGGUAAAUGGCUCGGACACACAGCUGUUGAAGGACCUGCGUGUUGUCAGGGACCAGUUGGAGCAGGAGCAGAAAGCCCUUAGGGAAAAGCUGGGAAAAAAUGUCAGUGAAGUUACAGAGGCACCAAAGGGAAGGCCUGAGUGCCUGCUCUCCCAUUGCAUUGUUGGGCCUAUUGUGGUGCUGGAUCCGGCUCUACCUGCAAAUGUGAGUCUGAAGGACCUGCCAUCGCUGUCUCCGUCCCUCUCCUCUGCCAAAGAACUUCUGCAGAUAGCUAAGCCUCUCCAUCCCACCAGCAGUGUUUCUGUUGUACUCUUCCAUUCUCCUAGUGAAGCUGAUGAAGCUUUCUCAGACUUCCCAAAAGCCACUCUGAAACAUUCCAUCUCAAGAGGAUACCUGACGGCAGAUAAAGAGGCUCCGGGGCUGGUCCGCAUGCAGACACUGGCUUAUCUCAGUGGUUUCCCGGCAUCGUUAAAAGAGACAGAACAGCUAAGAGCCAAACUUCCCCCUGUUGUCACUGGCAAAAUCAAACAGCUACACCUGUAUUCGGAGGCCAGUAUUGCCCUGCUCCACCUGAACAGCCAGCAGGACUUCAGUGACCUCACCCAGCAGGCCCGCAAGAACCUGACCAUGGACGGGAAAGAGCUGACCGUCAGCCCAGCUUACCUGUUCUGGGACCUCAGUGCCAUCACUAUGUCUAAGCAGGAUGAAGAUGUGUCUGCUAGUCGUUUUGAAGACAACGAGGAGUUGCGCUAUUCCCUUCGAUCGGUGGAGAAACACGCCCCCUGGGUCCGGCACAUAUUCAUCGUUACCAAUGGACAGAUCCCAUCCUGGCUGAACUUGGAUAACCCUCGUGUUACUGUGGUUACGCACCAGGAUAUCUUCCAAAAUCAGAGUCAUCUGCCCACUUUUAGCUCUCCCGCUAUAGAGACACACAUCCAUCGGAUCCCAGGCCUGUCUCAGAAGUUCAUCUAUCUCAAUGAUGACGUCAUGUUUGGCAAGGACGUGUGGCCAGAUGAUUUCUACAGCCAUUCCAAGGGUCAGAAGGUAUACCUCACAUGGCCUGUUCCAAACUGUGCGGAAGGCUGUCCAGGCUCCUGGAUUAAAGAUGGCUACUGUGAUAAAGCGUGCAACAAUUCGGCCUGUGACUGGGAUGGAGGAGACUGUCUAGGAACUGGAGGGACUAGCCGUUUUGGUGGUGGAGCUGUGGCAGGAGCAGUGGCAGGAGGUGGGCAACCGUGGCAGUUUGCUGGAGGCCUGGGUGGUAUUGGCGGAGUAUCUUUCUGUAAUCAGGGCUGUGCCAAUUCCUGGCUGGCGGACAAGUUCUGCGACCAAGCAUGCAAUGUGCUAUCUUGCGGAUUUGACGUGGGAGACUGUGGCCAAGAUAACUUUGGCCAGCUGCACCAUGUGGUCCUGCGGAGGAACCAGAGUGAAUACACAAUUCCUGUGGGGGAACUGAGGCCAUAUUUCAGUUUCACUGGCCUGGCCAAUCGUGUAGCGGAAGCUCAGGUUAGCGACAGCCUUGUUGUUCGCCACACCUCUGUUGCCAACAAAUGGAAGACCAUCCACCUACUGCUCAUGUCUGGCCACAACUCUACCCAGAUCCACUACAACAUAACCUUUGAAGGCUCUGAUGACACCAAGUUCAUCUACACCUUCACAGUUACCGUGGAUACUCGGGAGCUUCCAAAGUCCAACAGCUCAGACCAUGUACAUUCAGAGGGAGCAAAAGAAUCAAAGCCCCCUGUUGUGACCCCAGAGCCUGAGAUGCCCUUUCCCGACAUUCCUGUGGAGAAACGUGGUCCCAAGAUCCAGAAAAUACCAACAGGGCACUUGGAGGUGGCUGUGGAGGUUCCAUCAGUGAACGAGUCUUCCCUACCAGCAGAUGUACGCCAUGAGCUCCAUAAACUGGAGGAGCGCCUACUGAAAGGAGAUAUCACCAUGAAAGGUUACAACCUUACCAAAGCAUUGCUCCUAAGACCUUACAGUACAAUGUCCCAGAACUCUCUUCUGAGCUCCAACCAGAACGUAGAAGCACUAGAGUCCAGACAUCCAAAGUCCAAUAAAGACCAGGAGCAUGGGGCCAAGAACACUUCAGAGAAACCCCAAACUGACAAGUCCAAGCAAAUGAUGCGUGUAAAGAGAGCAGAUAAGGGAGGAGUGGACCCAGAAAAAAAUGAGGAGAAAGAGAAUAUCAACAGAGAGAGAAAGGUGGAAGCACCAGCGGUCCCAUCUUCCCUCAUCCAGGUUCCGAUUGAUGACAGACCUGUUGGAGAUGGUGUGAUGCCAACGGGUACACCCAGAGCUGCAGGGUCUAGGCUUCUUAGCACUCUGGUGGGGAGUUUGUCCAAAGGCCGGGAGUCUGACAGUCAGGCCCAGGCUCAGGCAUCACAGGGAACUGAGGACAGGGGCGAUGGAAAGGUGGCAGUUGGUCGCAGGCUUCAGCACUACACUGUGGCAGACCGUGGCUUCUUGCCUUGGGAAAGAAGGAAGUACUUUCAGGACCUCCUGGAGGAAGAUGAGCGUCUACAGAGGGAGCUCCUCUAUCAGGCGGACGGCGCUGCAGCAGCUCGGAAGCUCCAUGAUACCUUUGCGGACUCCCUUCGCUAUGUCAACAAACUCCUAAACAGCCAGUUUGGUUUCGCUUCCCGUAAAGUGCCUGCCCACAUGCCCCACAUGAUCGACCGGCUCAUUAUGCAGGAGCUUCAAGACACGUUCCCUGAUGAAUUUGAUAAGACGUCCUCACACAGAGUUCGUCACUCAGAGGACAUGCAGUUUGCUUUCUCUUAUUUCUAUUUCUUGAUGAGUGCUCUGCAGCAGCUGAACAUUUCACAGGUGUUUGAUGAGAUUGACACAGACCACUCUGGCGUUCUCUCCGACCGUGAGAUCCGCACUCUGGCCACACGAAUCCAUGAACUGCCUCUCAGUCUACAGGAUCUGACUAGUCUGGAACAAAUGCUGAUCAACUGCUCCAGGACUCUGCCCACCAACUUGACCCAGCUCCACAUAGUCAACCCCACACAAGAGGCUUACUAUGACCCUAGCAUGCCUCCAGUUACUAAAGGUUUGGUGGUUCACUGUAAGGCCAUCACCGAGCGUAUCCACAAAGCCUUCCGGGACCAGAACAAAUACAGAUUUGAAAUAAUGGGGGAGGAGGAGAUUGCCUUCAAAAUGGUGAGGACCAAUGUUUCCCAUGUGGUCGGGCAGCUGGAUGACAUCAGGAAGAACCCACGGAAGUUUAUCUGUCUGAAUGACAAUAUUGAUCACAGUCAUAAGGAUGCUGGGACAGUAAAAGCUGUCCUGAGGGAUUUCUAUGAGUCCAUGUUCCCCUUGCCCUCGCAGUUUGAGCUGCCGCGAGAGUACCGCAACCGCUUCCUCCACAUGGCUGAGCUGCAGGAAUGGCGUGUUUACAGGGACAAGCUGAAGUUCUGGACGCACUGCGUGUUGAUCACAUUGGUCAUCUUUACAGUCAUCUCUUUCUUUGCUGAGCAGCUGAUUGUGCUAAAGCGCAGGCUGUGCCCCAGACGCAGAGUCGUUAAGGAGCUCAACCCAGAGAGAGUGUGAGGAAGAGAAAGUACCAGACUAUUGAAACACUCUUCCUAUCCCUACCUCUCCACUCUGCCACUUCUUCUAAAGUGAGGAGGAAAGACUGCAGAGGCAAGCAUGAAUGGCAUGCAUGGGAUGCAGGCAAAUGUUGAAUCGCCAAUCUGCAAUCUGAAAUAAUACCAAAUGAUCUGUCAAGAUCGUGAGAGAUCCGUGUGAACCUUCAUCUGAAAGGAGCAGCAAGGGAUGUACGGAAUCUUGCGAAGCCCUAGCAGCAGGGAACUGAACCUUGCCUAUUUCCUCCACCAGGGGGUGCUAAAGAGACUGAGUUGUACACCGGUCGAUAUGCUCUGCGAGUCACUGAUCCGUCUGAGACUAACUUGCGUUUAUGUCAGAUCAAAAUUGUAUGACUACUGUGUUUUUACUCAGACUGAAUGUGUUUGGCAGACAUGUCUCUGAUGUUCUAUAUGAUGCAUUAUUUUCGCCUUGAUGGGCAGAGCCAUGAAACUUUUUUCAAAAAAGGAUUUUGAAUUAUUGUGUGUAUAACGUUGGAAAUUGUGAAGAGGGAAAAAAAUAGAGAAGAGGUAUUACCCUAUAUCUUUCCCCAUCUCUUCUCCUUAGUCUUUGCUUUGACAGUGCCUUUUUUUCCUCAAUUAUGGAUGACUCCAGUGCACUUUUUCUUUUUGCCUCUCUGCUUGAACUCUGUUUUUAAUCCGUGUUGCUAUGUUUAAAAAAGUUCUUCCCGCUUGCAUUUUUUCUGCAAAUACAUGUGGCGCAAAAAGCACAAUCAACACUCCAGUUGUAGCUGUUCGUAACAGAUUUGGCAGAUUUAUCAGAGCAGUACUUUUUUAAUGCCACAUGUUUCUGAUCUCAAACACACAGAUUAAAGCCAUCUGCAUGUUUGUUUCAGUGCUGUAUGAGACAGUUGAUUGUCUGGAAUUCUGAUCUCGGAAUCUGUAUUUUUAUGUCCUUUUAACUGAAUGGGGUUUUGGCAGUGUUUACAGUAAGUGGUUCACUCUGAGCAGUGUUCCACUGCCAGUGACUGUAUAAAUCACACUGCCUUGGUCAAGCUUCCUGUAAUGGAUGUUCAUUAACCCAAUUUUGCCCCGAUUUUUGAUGUCAAAUAACUGCUUGUCAUGUGAUUUUCUAGCGUAAUCACAAUUCAAUUGAAAAUACAGAAUGAAAAUGUGUGUAAAACACUGGAUACUGCUCAUGGGGAUGAAUCUAGCUUGUUUGUCCCUAAGA